GGCAAACAGCUGAUUGGUGUUACGCGACGAUUGACUUGAUUUUGGAAUUGACGGAUUUCUGUAUUAACCCAGGCAAAUGCUGCGAACCCUACUCACAAGCGCCCUGCGCGGCGUGUGUCGCGUUCCGCCGGUGGCGCCGCUGGCGCAACAGACACAACGUGCCUGUUUUGGCCAGCUAAUGACAAUUCAGAAGCAGCCGAGUCUGCUGUCCGCCCAUACACUAGCACCAGCCUCGUUGCAGCUGCUUCAGUUGCCCGCUCUGGGAACUCCAGGAACGCCACCCGUACGCAGCGUUACCAAAUUCUCGCUCAUCAAGGGCAAACGCAAGACGGUGAAGGCAGUGCUGAAGCGCUUCAAGCGUCUCGACUGGGGUGCCUGGAUACGCACACACUCCGGCCGCCAGAAGAAGCUGUUCAAGAAGUCCAAUGCCCUGCGGCGACGACUACGCCAGCACGUCUUCACCAAUGCCUCCCAGAGCUGGCUGCUGGACAAGAUGGUCACAGACUACUGGCGCCGGCCCAAGCACUACAUCGAUGAUCCGUACGCACCCUACCACAAACGUGACGAGUACUUUGCCACCAAAUCGAAACCAUUCAAAGUCUAACGCUUGAUUAAAUGCAAUUAUUUCGUUACACACAUAA